UGUAUCAUCAAGAUUUAGAAGGAUAAACAAUGAUCUGAAUGUGCCUUAAAUGAACCAUUAUUUACUGCUCCAAUUGACCUUUUUUUGCAAAGACCUGAUUUUCUGUAGUUAGGUUAGGAAUGAAAUUAUAACCAUGUUAUACUUCCAUACUCAAAAUGUGGCCUUACAAACACAUUAUAAACUAGUAGACACAUGUUUAAUGGUAAAAAUUUUAAUCUGAUUCAGAGCAAAAAAAUAAACUAGCAAUCUUAUUGUGCAAACAUGUUCAAUUUGAUAGUCCCAAUUUAAAAAUUCAUCAAUUUUGAGUCAAACAUAUUUGAAAUAUCUUUAGGAUCAUUGAAGACCUUGUGAUAAUCUCAUCCAGAUUAGGACCAGUUAUUCGAAGUACAACAGAUUUUAACACCCAAAUAUGUAUUCAAGAUGAAAUUGGUUUCUCCACACCACUGAAAAAAAAUAAAGGGAGAAGAACUUAGUUAUGACUACGGCGAGCAUGAUAGAAAUGUCAUGGCAGAGCUGCCCUGGCUCAAACUGUGAGACCAUCAUUACAUUAGGAUGGAGUUUAACCUCUAAGUCCGUGAAAACUUGCUAAUUAUUUAAUUGUUUUUAUUCCAUUUCAAACUGUAUAUGUUUUUUAGUCCAUUAUGUCUCAAUCAAGAACAAAAUUGUGUCCUUUUAAAAUGCUCAUGAUCAGGGUCUGCUUCUCCUACAUUUAAUUAUCUUUUUUUCAGGAAAAUUAAAAUGUCCUUGUUUAAUUUUUGAACUUCAGUGAUGCCAGGCACACAUAUGACAGAAUUUAAAUUAAUAACAGACUGGGUUGAGUUCUUGGCGAGUCAUGUCUCUAAAAUGGAGUGUUCAGAGGCUUUAACCGAUGAGGAAAGGUUAAAUUACGAGAAGACUAAUGAUGAAGGGUUUGCUGUCAUCCAGAGACUGUUGGGACUUCAUUUUCUGAUGAAUAGGCAAUUGCAGACAACAAAAAUAAUAAACAUGGAUGAAGAUUACUACCUGAAACCGUAUAAGAAUAUAUUAGACUCAUGUGUGGAAUUCUUAAAAGGCCAUUGUAACUCAUCAUGCACCAUCGACCAUGUGGAUUUUCACAGGUUCAUUGAAGACCUUGAGAGAAUCUCAUCCAGAUUAGGACCAGUUAUUCGAAGUACAACAGAUUUUAACACCCAAAUAUGUAUUCAAGAUGAAAUUGGUUUCUCCACACCACUGAAAAAAAAUAAAGGUAAAACAAAACUCUUCAUUAGUCCAGCUCCAAACAAAAAUGUAGCAGAACACAAACUUGAAACAGCCACCAACUCAGAGGAGAAAGAUGAACUGUCUACAAAUGAGCUCUUGACAAGUUCAUCCACAACAGAAACUGAAUAUUUGCCUGUAUCAGAACCUUUACAAGAGGACGACGAGUUUCCGUUUACCAGUACACCAGAGAAGCAGAUAACAGAACCAUCGUUUGAGGACAAACAUCUGCCUGAAUUGACAGAACUUGCAAAACAGGCUGUUGAAUAUGCUGCUAAUUCCACAGAGCGUACUAAAUUGGUUCAACAGAUUAUACAAAUGAGGAGUUACUGUAAAUUGUUAGAUCCUGAUAAAACAAUGCAAAUGUUUAAGUGUUGUUUUAUCUGCAAGAAAAAUUUCACACAAGUGAAAAAUUUGUAUGAACACUUGCGAAAAUCUUGUAAAAUUGUUAAAAACCCUUUAAAGCAAACUAAUCUACCAAAAAACAGUGCUGAGUCCUGGAGGGCUGUGGAUGAACUGUCUGAGCAGGGAGAAUUGGUCUUCAAUAAUAUGAUAUCAGAUCCAGGAAGUUCUUCUGAGCCACUUAAACAUGUGGAUAAUAUUUCAAGAAAGAAGAAACAAAAGACUGACUUCAGUAACAUUCUAUCAGGUAUAGAACCGUUGUCUAGUAGUGAAGAGGAGAAUACAGAGAAGUCUCAAUCUCAUGAAACAUCGACCAAACCAGAGGAGAAAACUGAUCUUGAAUCAGAGACUUUACAAGAGGAGGACCUCAGUACCAUUCUACCAGGUACAUCAGGGUUGCUUAGUAGUAGCGAUGCGAAUAUGGAGAAGUCUGAAUCUCCUUUAUCAGUUCCAGGAAGCUCAUCAGAGUCCCAGAAGAUUGUUGGAAAGAAUUACAAGACGGAACUUCAAAUGAUGUCUGGUAUCCUGAGAGAUACAACAGGAAUUACUGAGUCCUGGAAGCCUGGGGAUGAGCUUUCGGAAGCAGAAUCCUUAAAGGAUAGACAGGUUAAAUGGCCUCCCAAGGAUGUUACGAAUCUUGCAAAGAAGCUUGCGCAACCAAAGUCUUACUGGGAGUUUUUGGACAUUACAGUGCUAAAUAAGGCAGAGAUUAGAACCUGGGAAGAGGGGCAAAAGUUCAUGAAAAGAGCUAUAAGGCAUAGUGAAAGUGAACCAGAUGGAAAACGAAAAAGAGUGAAAACCAAGAAGUUUGGCGAGGAUAAUAGUGAUUCAGACGAAGAAGAGAGGCGGCUUCCCUCUAAGAAAGACACCAGAGGAAAGGAGACAGAAACUGAUGGAAGACCAACAACGCCCUUAGCAAGAAAGAAAAUCAGUCUAGAUGCGGGGAGCCCACUGCCCAAGAGACUUUAUACAAGUACUCCUUCCCGCUUCGACGUUCCUGAUGAAAUAGAUUCAGUGAAUUCAGUUGACCUAACUAAUGAGGUGGCAGCGUCACCUUCAAAUAUCUCUCAAAGUCAAAAGUUGGAUGAAUUGAUCCAAACAGUGAAUCUGUUGAACCAAACAGUGAAUCGGUUGGAAAGAAAAAUCGACCAAUAUCAAGCGAAAAAGGUCAGAUUUAUACAAUAAUUAUUUGAAUAGUUAUUAACCUACGUCCUAUACGGCCCCCAAAAUAUGGAAAUUUAAA